AAUCACGAGGGAGACCUCAGUCACUCUAUCUAUCUCUCUCUUGCGCUCUCACCCAGCUGAUCAUUCGGAUCGCCAAAAGGCGGCCGGCAACGUUGUCUGCAGCUCCUGGAGACCUGGUACAAGAUUCCAUUCGCAUGGGCGGACACCGCGGGGUUUACAAGUCGAGGUGUGUUGGUUCUCGUCGAGUGUUGGCGGAGUUCAUUCCCUGUACCGUGGGAUCCUGGGAAUACGAUUGCACUUUUAAUUUUUUUCGGCUUAGCUGCUUGGUUUGCGUGAGGAUAUUUCUCCCCAGUGUAUAUAAGUGGAGUAGCAGGAGGUGGGACGAGAACGAGGGAGUCGGAUGCUCGAUGGGGAAGCAAGAGGUGCUGCCGAAGUCCGAGGAAACGUGUCUUCUCAGCCCCAGCUUGUAUGUUGACGGAGCUAGGUCCGAGGUAAAGCAACAGCAGGGUGACAUAGCCAAGCGUAGCUUCAGGAGGAUUUGUGUCUUCUGCGGGAGUAGUCGUGGCAAGAAGGACAUUUUCAGCGACGUCGCGUUCAAACUUGGCCGAGAAUUGGUCAGCAGGAAAAUAGAUCUCGUGUACGGUGGGGGAGGCAAUGGAUUGAUGGGCCAAGUGGCGCAGUCUGUGCAUGACGGAGGCGGUCACGUUAUAGGUGUGAUACCCAAGGCGUUGAUUGGCCAAGAGCUUACGGGUCAAACAGUGGGGAGGUUGGUCGCAGUAAGGAACAUGCAUCAACGGAAGGCUGAAAUGGCUCGACAAGCUGAUGCCUUCAUUGCUCUUCCAGGCGGUUACGGUACACUGGAGGGGCUGCUUGAGGUCAUCACUUGGUCCCAACUCGGCAUUCAUGAGAAGCCUGUGGGUCUACUCAACGUCGAUGGUUACUACAACCCACUUUUGACACUCUUCGACAAUGCUCUGGAGGAGGGAUUCCUAAAGCUUUCAGCUCGGAGCAUUGUAGUUUCAGCACGAACUCCAAGUGAACUGCUAGACAAACUGGAGGCAUAUACACCAACCCACGAUCGAAGCACCCCCAAGCUUUGCUGGGAGGAUACCGAGAGCCUUGUCUACCCAUCUGCUGUUUCUGGCACAGAUCAACGGUGUUGAUAAUGUGGGUGCAUCAGAACCUCAAAUUUUGAAGGCGAAAAUCUUACUGGAUUUUUUUUAACAAGAAACUUCCAAAGUGAUGAGCAGUGUGGGCUUUGAUCCGGCCUCGACAUGUGCACAUGAAGACGGUGUAGAAAAUGCUUGCACCAUGCCUAGUGGCUGUUUUUCACCACCUCUCAGAGCUGAUUGGGUCCACCAGAUUACCCUGAUUUCGAUAGAAGCUGCGGUGGACAUGUCGUAGCAUCCUGACUGUAUGCUACUGAAUAACUGUAAAAAUCUACCGACUUGAUGUCUCUUGAAAGCAUAUCUUUGCCAGUUUCUACUGUUUUUUGAAGUUGGCUUAAACUCUA